AUGAAAAGAGUAAGGCCGUGCUUGAGAAUUGUUGUCACAUUGGUAAAAUCUUUUAUUGGGACUGGAAUAAUCUUUUUACCUGGGUCAUUUAGAGUUUCAGGAAUUGUUAGUGGAAAUAUAUUAUCAACUUUGGUUUGUAUAUUGGCUAUAAUUUCUAUCAGAUUAUUGGUUAAAUGUUGCCAAGGGAAAGAGACAUUAGGAGAGUUGGCUGAAAGGGUUUGGGGAAGAUCUGGAUUGAUUUUGGUUGACUCUUCAAUAUUUUUUUCUCAGUUGGGAUUCUCCACAGUUUAUAUUAUCUUUGUAUCACAAAAUAUUCAGGAAAUAAUAUAUUCAAUUUCAAGUUGCCAAAUUGAAAUUCCAAUACUCAAACUAAUUUGUUUCCAAAUGGUGAUUUAUUUACCAUUUAUCUUUUUGAGAGACAUUGAAAAUUUGGGAUUUCCCAGUGUACUUGCGAAUAUUUCUGUUUUUUCAGUACUUGGAGUAAUCAUUUAUUAUGGCGUUCAGAACCUGGAAAGAUAUCCUCUCGCUAGACCUCAAAUAUCAAGGUUCGGUAGUAUAUAUGGAGCAGGAUUAGUACUUGGUACAAGUGCAUUUAAUUAUGAAGGUAUAGCCUUAAUCCUUCCUAUAAGAAGUUCAACUCCAGAAUAUUUAAUUCAAGCUUUUCCAACAAUUAUAACCUUUACAAUGAUAAUGAUUGGGAUAUUCUCAAAUUUCUUUGCAAGCUUUGUUUACUAUUCAUUUGGUGAUGAUACUGCUUCCCCAGUAACUGAGAACAUAUUAAAUCCAAAAGCAAAAAUCAUCUCACUCAUAAUAUACUCAUCUGCUAUCAUGUUUUCCGUCCCACUACAACUUUUCCCAUCUAUGGCCAUUAUUGAAAAGUACCUGUUUCAGAUUAAGGCUUCCUAUAUGAAAAGAAAGACUUUGGAAAAUCUAAAUAAGAUUGGAUCAAAACCUGUACCAAAAACAGUUGAAGAAGCAUCUAGAAAAGAGAUUAUGGAAGAAGCUUUAAUGAUUACAGAUAAACACGAGAAAGAGUUUUCGACCAAGAACAUUCGGAUCAAUCCCACAACUAUAAACAGUGUAAGAACUUCCAAAUUGAGCUUUUCUUCCUCCCCCUUGAAAAACUCAGAAAAUAUUUCAACAUUCCAAAAUAGUUUGUUUUCUACUUCAAAGAUGAUUCAGCUAGUGCCAAUAUCUGAAAACUGGGAUUCUCCUAUUGGAAACAAAGUUGUUUACUCUCCAAUGGAAAGUUCAGCUCCAAGUAGAAAAGUGGGAACUUUGGAUACUAAAAGACAACAAAAAUUUGAGAAAAGAGUGGUAAAUGAAGAUUUAAAGGGCAAUGUUUGUAAUAGUAUUCAUGGUGAUGUAAAUAACAGAAUUAUUUCAAAAAAGGACAAAAAAGAGUACCUAGAUGAACAGGAGAUAGAAGAUGAAGGAACCCAGAUAGUAGAAUUGAAUCAGAAUAGACUCAUAAGUUCUAGAUCGAAAUUUUAUCACUCAGUUCUGAGAGCUUUAGUUUCUUAUUCUCUGGUUCUAUUAUGUGGAACUUUGGCUUAUAACUUUGAAGACGAGUUGGGAAGCUUCGUGACCAUAACUGGAGGGCUUUUAUGUGUUCCUAUAGCAUUUGUUUAUCCACCUCUUUUCUAUUUUAGCCUUAAUAAAGAAAGGAUUUCGAAGACCAGACGUCUUUUCAUUGGAUUUAUGGUUUUUAUUGGCAGUGUAAUUUCUUUUACCUCUGUUACCAUGGCCAUUUUAAGCUGGGAGACUAAUCGUAGAAAUCUAGUGUGUAUAAUGUAA